AUGACGUUAUUACAUACGUCAUCCGAUUGCGAGAGCAACAACGAAAAUGAACGCAUCAUUCCAUCGCCGACGAACUCAGCAACAUUCCAGCAACAACAACAACAGCAGCAGCAACAACAACAGCAACAACUUCCUGUUAUAUACCCGUGGAUGAAGAUGGCUCAUAACAACAACAGUAAUAAACCGAAUCAAAUUAAUAGGAACACUAGGACAUUAGGCUACUCACCAAACCUUCCAUACCAACACAGUAACGCUAACAACGUUCCACAACAAUCUCAUCGCCACGAACCAAAGAACGAUAGCAAUGGCAUGAACAUGCUCUGCUCAACGACAAACUUUUCAUACUGCGACAACAAGCGAGCUAGAACAGCCUACACGAAGCAUCAAAUUUUAGAACUGGAAAAGGAAUUCCACUUCAACAGAUACCUAACGAGAAGAAGGAGAAUAGAGAUUGCUCACUGCCUAUGCCUCAGUGAGAGGCAGAUAAAAAUUUGGUUUCAAAACCGCCGGAUGAAAUGGAAAAAAGAAAACAAGCUACCGAAUACUAAAACUUUGAAAAAUAAAAACAGGGAUGUGAGUAUUGAUAAGAAUGAUAGCAAUAGUUUUAAUAACAAUAAUAAUAAUAAUAAUAAUAAUAAUGACGACAACGAUGAUGACGAUCUAGACGAGAAAUUCAAUGAUAGCUACGAGAACGACGAUGAUGAAAAUGAUGAUGACAGCUUAAGUAAUGAAAAAAUGGGAUAA